UGUGAAUGCAUGUCUAUUUCUUAGACCACUCUUUUGCCAGGAGUUGUUCGUCAGUACUCAAUUGAAGCUUGGUUUUGAUUCCCUGGGCAUCUGCAAUCCUAGAUCAAUUUAGAGUUGAGAUCUCAACCCUAGGACUUCAUCUGUCUGCUAUCUCUCUUGUUCCAAAAUGGCUGCGUCUUCUUCUCAGUUGGGUUGUGAUGUUCAUCUCUCUACUGCUCUAUCUGCUUCCAUGGCGGCACCUUCUUUUGCUUCUUCCCAAUGGAGUUAUGAUGUGUUCCUUAGUUUUAGAGGAGAAGACACCCGCUUUACCUUCGCUGCUCAUCUCUACGAGGCCUUGGACAGGAAAGGAGUCAACACAUUCUUUGAUGACCACAAGAUUAGGAGAGGCGAAUCCAUAUCUCCAACACUUGUAAGAGCAAUUGAAGGAUCAAGGUCUUCUAUCAUAAUUCUCUCUCAAAACUAUGCGAGUUCAACUUGGUGCUUAGAGGAACUUGUCAAGAUACUAGAAUGCAGGAAAACCAUGGGACAACUGGUUCUGCCCGUUUUCUACAAUGUGGAUCCAUCAGAUGUGCGAAAACACAAACAGAGCUUUGGAAAGGCCUUGGUUAAACAUGAAAAAACUUUGAAGCAGAAUAUGGAUAAGGUGAAGAAUUGGAGGGAGGCUCUUAGUGAAGUUGCCAAUUUAGCCGGCUGGAAUUCCCAGAAUAAGUCUGAGCCUACGUUUAUCGAGGAAAUCGUUAUUGAUGUUUUGAAAAGAUUGUUCGAAUUAUCCUCAAUUGAUGCAAAGCGCCUAGUAAAAGAAGAUUCUUGUAUACCAAAAAACAAAAUGGUACCAAAUCCACACUUAACCACUUUCCACAUUGCAGGACAUUUUGGCAUAAGUGCUAGAGGUAGGAGGCCACUCAAAAAUGUUAAUAAAUUAGUUUCCCAAAAAUAUUCCGAAGUUUGCUCACUCAUUGAAAAUGUUGGGGAAGAAUUAAUUGAGUUACCAGAGAAAUUUGUUUCUGAAAUAUUUGACUCAUCAAAUGACUCAGACUUAGACGAUGAUGACUUAAGCUUAGAGAACGUGAAAUCCAUGUUAACAAAUGUAUGGACAAAUCUAUGAGUUUAUAAAUGAGAACAAAAGAGUGUAAUUUUUA